UCAUAUCCUCCCAAAAGAAGAAACGAAAAUAAGGGGAGGAGCAUCUUGCCAAGGUUGCUUAGGUAUCAUUAAUUGGUAAGAGAAAAAAAAAAUCUGAUCAAGAAAAAAGAAAAAGAAAAAUGGCGAAUGGAAAGGUGGUUAUCUCUAGUGUUUCCCUGAUUCUCGUGGUGGGUGUUGCCAUCGGUGUUGUGGUCGUGGUUAACAAAAGUGACUCAUCAUCUGAUCCUAAAGUAGCUGCUCAACAAAAGAACGUGAAGGUAAUGUGCGAAGGCACCGAAGACCCUAAGCUUUGUCACGAAACUAUGAGCACUGUGAAAGGUAACACCUCAGACCCAAAGGUUUACAUAGCAGCAGGAGUGGAAGCAACGAUGCAGAGAGUGAUCCAAGCUUUGAACAUGAGUGAUAGGCUGAAAGUGGAGCAUGGAGACAAGGAUCCCGGCAUAAAAAUGGCCCUCGAUGAUUGUAAAGAUUUGAUCCAAUUCGCGUUGGAUAGCAUCGAGUCCUCGGUUAACUUGGUCCGCGACCAGAACAUUCAAGCCAUGUAUGACCAAACCCCAGACUUCAGGAACUGGUUGAGUUCUAUAAUCUCGUACCAGGAUACGUGCAUGGACGGGUUAAACAACGGCACAAACGGUGAGAAAGAAAUUAAGGAAAAAUUAAACACAGAUAGUUUGGACGAAAUGGGAAAGAUGACGGGCAUAGUCCUUGACAUCGUGACAAACUUGUCCAAUAUCCUUGAGAAAUUUGACUUGAAGUUGAAUUUGAGACCUGCUUCUCGGCGUCUUCUAGAGUUGGACGAUGAAGGGUUACCUACGUGGUUCUCUGGUGCAGAUCGGAAGCUCCUUGCUGCCGUGGAUAAAGGCACAGCUGGGGAACCCAACGCAGUGGUUGCGAAGGAUGGCAGUGGAAAAUUCAAAACCGUUAAGGAAGCUAUUGAUUCCUACCCUAAUGGCAACACGGGCAGAUUUGUUAUUUACGUUAAGGCUGGGAUCUAUGAUGAGUACAUCCUCAUUCCUAAGAAGUCAUCCAAUAUUCUCAUUUAUGGAGAUGGCCCUGCAAAGACCAUUAUUACCGGUCACAAGAACUUUGUAGAUGGCGUCAAGACAAUGCAAACUGCUACCUUCGCCAACACUGCACCAGGAUUCAUCGCCAAGUCAAUGACAUUCGAGAAUACCGCGGGUGCCGCUAAGCACCAGGCAGUGGCAUUCAGAAACCAGGGAGACAUGUCAGCAAUGUUCGACUGCGCAUUUCACGGUUACCAAGACACACUGUACGUUCACGCCAACCGGCAAUUCUACCGGAACUGUGAAAUCUCUGGAACAAUCGACUUCAUCUUCGGAGCAUCUGCGACUGUGAUCCAGAACUCGAGAAUCAUCGCGAGGUUGCCACUAUCUAACCAGUUCAACACAGUGACCGCGGACGGAACGAAGAUGAAGAACAUGGCGACAGGGAUCGUGAUCCAGAACUGCGAGAUAGUGCCAGAGAAGGCUCUGUACCCUACGAGGUUGACCGUUAAAUCGUACUUGGGAAGGCCGUGGAAGCAAUAUGCAAGAACUGUUGUGAUGGAAAGCAACAUAGGUGACGUUAUUAAUGCGGAGGGGUGGUGUCCUUGGGAUGGGACCAUGUUUCUUGACACCUUGUACUAUGCUGAGUACGCUAACAGCGGACCUGGUUCCAACGUUCAAGGAAGGAUAAAGUGGAAGGGUUACCAAGGAAUUAUUACUAAGACCGAUGCUGAAAAAUUCACUGUUGGCCAAUUCCUGAAAGGUGGAACUACUGGGAAUGCUGACGAUUGGUUGAAGGCUACCGGGGUUCCUUUCGCCGCUGGAUUCCUCAAAUCUUGA